AUGCCUAUUGACGACUGUGAUAUUUUCGUUUUGAAUAUCAUCUCAAGUUCAAGCUUUUGUUCGUCUAAAAAACCAAUAGGCAAAAUGAUUCAUGCUGUCCUAAUAUUCAAUAAGAAAGCUCAGCCUAGAUUAGUGAAGUUCUACACCCCAGUAGAUGUUCCAAAGCAAAAGCUAUUGGUCGAGCAAGUCUACGAUCUAAUUUCUGAGAGGAAUAGUAACUUUCAAAGCUCUUUCCUCGUGUCUCCACCUUCACUUUUGAUCUCAGAUGAAAACGGCUUGCAGGAUGAUGAAGGCAUACAAAUCAUAUACAAGAACUAUGCAACGCUUUACUUCACAUUCAUUGUAGACGAUCAGGAAUCGGAAUUAGCCAUAUUAGAUCUUAUUCAAACUUUUGUGGAAGCAUUAGAUCGAUGUUUCGCGGAAGUUAAUGAACUUGAUUUGAUUUUUAAUUGGCAAACCUUAGAAAGUGUACUUGAAGAAAUUGUACAAGGAGGGAUGGUCAUAGAAACGAGCGUUCAAAGAAUAGUAAAGGCAGUUGAUGAAUUAAACAGAAACGGUGACAGUGACGGUAAAGCUGCGAGAUUUAGCGGAGCAGGCUUUGGGAGCGCAAUUCAAGCCUUCGCUCAGGGAGGAUUCAGUAGUUGGGCAUCCGGCCAGUGA